AUGAGGUUUCUGACUAUUACACUAAUCACAAUAAGUCUUUGUACCUCUAUAUCAUCUGAAACUGAUGAGAAAUCUACGGCAGACACAAACGAGAAUAGCCUUCCGGAUGACACAAUGCCAGUAACACAUCAUCACCGACACCAUAGAAUUCGGCACGGCAACGUUCAUAGAAAGCGACAGCCAGUGUGUGUUAAUGGGAAACCAGUGGAAGGAGUCUGCGAGUGUGAACUUGACUAUGUGGGCAAGCACUGCGAGAAGAAGAAAAAUUGCCAGUCGUACCGUCGUUAUAAGAAUGGAUCCUGUCCCGAAUGUCUGAAAGGCUAUCAAGGAGACUAUUGUGAAGAAAUCAUAUGCUACAAUGGACUUCCAAACACUCAUCAUACGGAGUGUCUUUGUGACGACCCGUAUUCUGGUAAACAUUGCGAUGAAUUGGAAACCAAGAGGAUCUACAGUUAUUAUAAUCGAAAGGUAUUUCUUCUUGGACCACUCGGUGCUAUCUCACUCAUUCCAAUGUGUGCAAUGUACAUGAUUUGCGAGUAUUUCGCCAGAAAAAGACAAGUGAAAAGGGUUGGCCUUAUGAUGGAAGGACAGAAUAUCAAUGUUCAGGAUCGGAUGUUGGAGAAAUUGUUGAAUAACAUGUGA